AUGUCUCGACAACGCCGUCCAAUUGAAGAAACAAAAUCAGAGUCUGCGAAGCAAAAAUCUUCUUUGGUCAACUCCGUUGUGAACUCACCAGCUGCAACUAUGAAGAGGCUGCUCCAUUGGGACGAUUUACCUCACUGGCAGCGCGACAACCAGCAUAUUCAAACCGGAUAUCGACCCGCUUCCUCGUCCUUUUGGAGAUCGUUUCACUCGCUGAGCUAUCUGCAUAAUGAGUCGGUCAACAUUUACACUCAUUUAGUUCCCAGUAUCGUGGCAAUCCCCGCUGGCUGCCAGCUUCAUCGAGCUCUUUCGCCGCGGUAUCAGACUGCCGAUGAAGCAGAUAUUAUUGUCUUUGCGUGUUUCUUCACAGGCGCAGCCUUCUGCCUCGGCAUGUCGGCCACCUAUCAUACCAUCUCCAACCAUUCGCCUCGAGUCGCCCGCAUCGGCAAUGCUCUCGACUACGUUGGUAUUGUGGGCCUCAUUGUUGGCAGCUUCAUACCCAGCAUUUUCUAUGGGUUCUACUGCAAUCCCGACCUUCAGUAUCGAUACUGGACCAUGAUUUGCACUAUUGGCUUUGCUUGUAUGUGCGUCUCAGUCAUCCCUCAGUUUCGGACUCCCCGCUGGCGACCUUUUCGUGCGGCCAUGUUCGUUGGGAUGGGUCUCUCUGCUAUUCUGCCCGUCCUCCAUGGACUCGGCCUAUUUGGCCCUUUACGCAUGCGUCAACAGAUUGGUCUCGAGUGGUUGUUACUUCAAGGAUUCCUGUACAUUCUCGGUGCGGGCAUCUAUGCGGCACGCGUGCCGGAACGGCUUCGCCCGGGCCAAUUUGACCUCUUCGGCCACUCGCAUCAAAUCUUUCAUGUGCUGGUAGUCUGCGCGGCAGUAGCCCAUCUGACAGGUCUCCUCAAGGCAUUUGAUUAUCGCCACAGCGGGAAUGCCGAGACUUGUCAAACCCUUCGCGGAUGA